UGUAGUGCUUGUGCCCAAGUGACGGUUCAAAAUGACGUCGUUCCCCGUCAACUGGAACGACACGCUGGUCCAGCCGUUCGACGAAGGGUUCCCCCUCCUCAUGCCGAGGUGGGGGUACGUGGCGUCGGCUUUCGUGCUGUUCCUGAUCGGGUUCUUCGGGUUUUUCCUCAAUCUGAUGGUCAUCGUGCUGAUGUAUAAGGAUCGGCAGCUGUGGACGCCGCUCAACAUCAUCCUCUUCAACCUGGUGUGCUCUGACUUCUCAGUCUCCGUGCUGGGGAACCCCUUCACCCUCAUCUCCUCACUCUUCCACCGCUGGAUCUUCGGGCACACCAUGUGUGUUCUCUACGGGUUCUUCAUGGCGUUGCUCGGAAUAGCAUCAAUAACAACCCUCACCGUCCUCUCCUUCGAGCGCUACAUGCUGGUGACCCGGCCCUUCAGCUCUCACCACCUGAGCUCUAAGGGCGCCGUCGUGGCCAUCGUCUUCAUCUGGAGCUACUCGCUGGCGCUCACCACGCCUCCGCUCAUGGGUUGGGGGAACUACGUCAACGAAGCCGCCAAUAUCAGCUGUUCCGUGAACUGGCAUGAGCAGAGCAUGAACACGCUGACAUACAUACUGUUCCUGUUCGCCAUGGGCCAGAUCGUUCCUUCCAUCAUCAUCACAUUCAGCUACGUGAAUAUCGUCCGGACUCUCAAGAACAACUCGCAGCGGCUCGGGCGCGUAAGCCGCGCGGAGACGAAGGUCACGGGCAUGGUGUUCGUGAUGAUCAUCGCUUUCACCAUCGCGUGGACACCCUACUCCGUGUUCGCUUUGAUGGAACAGUUUGCUACUAACGGCAUUAUUUCGCCGGGAGUGGGGGUCAUACCGGCACUCGUCGCUAAAAGUUCCAUUUGCUACGACCCUCUAAUCUACGUCGGAAUGAAUACUCAGUUCCGUCAGUCCAUCAAACGUUUCUUCGGCCAUCAUAGCAAAGGAGGACUCUCUCAAACGGAAAAAGGAUACGACAAUACUCUAAUGUCCCCCGCCCACAGAAUGUCCUGCCUAAACGAUUCUUCCCGGCAAUGCUCAGAGAUCAACGUGUCAAUCAUCCUAAAAAAGCCUAAAAAUAGAAAAGUAGUUAUCGCCGAAGAGGCCUCAGAAGUCACAAAUAACGGGACCACGCGGAAUUUGCUAAAGGAAACAGAGCUGUGUACGAUUAAAGAAAACAGAACUUGUUCAGAUGCGGAAAGAUCUGUCGAGACUACGAACGAAGACGACAGCAGCAGCAGGAAACAGGAGUACUACGGAUCUUCGAGACUGUUCGAAGACAGCGAGACGACGGGCAAGCUCGACGACGUCACCUGCAUGAUGAAAAACGUUUACGGCAAUCUAGCCUUCGAGGAACAUAUUACAGACUCUCCAGACGACAACAACCUCACAGAGUUCCGAGUCACUAAGAAGCCGAAACUGAUCAAACAUAGCUACUCCCUCGACUUCAGCGGUGUUUCUAACCAGAGCAAGAAGAGAAAACUCUCUAUAGAAAGUAAACUAGAGUCACUGAAUCAAUCUAAAACAUUGUUUAAGAAUACUGUAGUAAGUAAGUUCAUCGGUCACAAUCCUAAACUCGGUCAAGAUAACUUCAAGAGCUAUCUGUGUCGUUUCGAUAAAAACGAAAGUGAAAAAGACGAUUUGUAGCUGAAGGAG